CACACACACACACACACACACUCACACAGAGGCCGAGAGUGAGAGAGGAGUUUCGUAACUUGGGGAAGUUUGUCGGAGCCAUCGAUCACUGGAGCGUCUCGUUGUUUUCUCUCUGGUGUCAGUGACACAGCGCAGCACCGAGCGUCGCCUGCGUCACUUUUUCUGCGGAGUUGCCUCACUCGCUGUCGGACCUUUAUUUUUUCCCUUCACCGCCGAGGAUCCAGCGUCUCAGCUCCAGGAUCAAAGUGAAGAAUCCUCGUCCAUCUGAGAAGAGCCUGGCCUGCGCAGCCAUGCUGAUGUAUGAUUACCCUCUGAAGACAGACAUGGAGACGUCAUUCUACUCUUCGCUUGUGAAAGCCCCAGAGCCGUACAGAGUGAUCUUCCCCCACCCGGCCCCCCUGUACCACACGCACAUGCACGCCUUCGCCCAGUCCCACUCCCCCAGCAACCCCACACACACCCAGCUGGAGCCAGUUGACCUGUCACUCAGCAAGCGCUCUUCCUCCAGCUCAUCCUCCUCCUCUCCUCCCUGCUCCUCCGCCUCCUCCCCGGCCUCCUCGCGCAGCUCUCCGCCUUCGCCCCACAGCACGGCGAGCCGCGCCUCCCCUCGCUGCUCCCCUCCGCACUCCCAGCUGCGCUCCUCACCCUCCCACGCCCUCCCGCCGCCCACUCCCUCGCUUUCUUACCCCACCAUGGUGGCUCCUCUGAUCAGCUCGGGCUCUGGGGUCAUUCAGGGGUCAGGGGUCAUGGUGUCUCCGGUCAUGGUGCCUCUGUCAGUCCUGUACUCAUCGCCCCUCCACCUGCACCAGCCCAUAAUGGUGAGUCCAUCCAUCACCUGUGACGACGACCAUCAUCGCAGCAGGGAGCACAAGACAGUUCAUUCUACCAAGCCCCUGGAGCUACGAGGCGACACCCACGACCUGCACAAGCCAAUCAAAACAGAGCCUUGCCCUGAGCUCAUCCAUGACCUCCACAACAGCCACGACAUGAAAUCAUCAGUCAACAGGAUACAAGAAUAUGAGAGAAACAACCCGUCAGUAAUAGUCCAUUCAGGCACAAAGCAUCCUCUCCCAGCUGACUCUCCCGACACGCUGAAAAAGCGACGAAUUCACCUCUGUGACUUCAGCGGCUGCAACAAAGUGUACACCAAGAGCUCCCACCUCAAAGCGCACCGCAGGACACACACCGGUGAGAAACCCUACAAGUGCAUGUGGGAGGGCUGCACGUGGAAGUUCGCCCGCUCAGAUGAGCUGACGAGACACUUCCGGAAGCACACGGGAGUCAAACCGUUCCAGUGUCCCGACUGCGAACGCAGCUUCUCCCGCUCUGACCACCUGGCACUGCACAAGAAACGCCACCUCCUGGUGUGAAACAGCUCCCGCGGGAAACUUGAAAAGAAACUCACUCAGUGCUGGUUUCAUUGUCGGACUGUACCACUUUGACUUGAGUUAUUUUGUUUUCUUUUAAAGGAGCUGGCCUUAAUCAUUGGACUAUGACGGGAAGGGGUAAAUGUUCCUCAGGGUGCACGUUUAGACCCUUUCUCCUCAUUAGCCUGUAUCAUGAGCUGGUGUCAACCAUCGCAUUCAUUAUAAAAGAAAUGUGGAAAUGAAACACUUUUCGAGAAAUAGGCUGCAACAUCUCAGCGGGCCUGAGAACAGCACCCUCUGGUGGCCAAAACUGCAUCGACACCACAAAGCAUGCUCAAGCUUUUCUUUUUGCUCUCGUUUCUGUGCGUGCACUCAAGUAAAGAUUGUGGACAAACACACACACACUUGCUAGCUAGGCCAAAAUAAUGUGAAUCUUCGCAGAAUGUAUUAUAUCACACUUACUGUGCGUUGUGUCAUACAUACUUCAGCUUACUUCCAUCAGCGUAGCUACCCGUGACAUAAUGCUAACGCUAACUCCACACACAACUCAUCUGCCUGAACCAGCUUCCAUCAUGAAGUGUAUAAAAAAACAAUAAACAGGUAGCUAAUG